AAAGUUCAGACAGCCAAUCAGGUCCUUCUACGUCUUUCGCUUGAUUCGUGGGUUAUGGAAAUAAUUUUGGGAAUACAUUUUAUUCUAAAUUUUGUAUAAAUAAAGCUAGAAAAUGCAAAAUCGGAGAAAAAAAAUUACAGUUUAAAAUGGUUAUUUUUAACCACAAAAAAAGGAAAGGAUUAAAAAAUUUUGAAAAUAAAAAAAAAAAAAAAAAAAGUCACUCAUUUUCUCUCUAUUGUCUUUCAUUGAUAUCGAUCUCAUCAAUAUUUUCCAGCUAUCAAUUUCGAAGAAGGUUUUAUGGCUGAGAGUGAAGAAUGUUGUUCAACUCAAGUUAUCAACGGAGAUGGUUCAUUCAAUGAUGAGGGAAUUGAUCGUUUUGUCAAGGAAAUAAAACUUGCUGAAUGUGGGUUGUCAUAUGCUGUGGUUUCCAUCAUGGGACCGCAAAGUAGCGGUAAAAGCACACUGUUAAACCAUUUGUUUCAUACAAAUUUCAGGGAAAUGGAUGCAUUUAUGGGAAGGUCUCAAACCACUAAAGGUAUUUGGAUAGCAAAAUGCGCUGGUCUAGAGCCUUGCACCCUAGUAAUGGAUUUGGAGGGUACCGAUGGAAGAGAACGUGGAGAGGAUGACACAGCAUUUGAGAAACAAAGUGCGCUUUUUGCACUGGCAGUUUCAGAUAUAGUACUGAUAAACAUGUGGUGUCAUGAUAUUGGUCGUGAGCAAGCAGCUAAUAAACCUCUUUUGAAAACUGUAUUCCAGGUCAUGAUGCGAUUGUUUAGUCCCCGCAAAACGACUUUGAUGUUUGUCAUCCGCGAUAAAACUAGGACACCACUGGAACAUUUGGAACCUGUUCUGAGAGAAGAUAUCCAGAAGAUAUGGGACUCAGUUCCUAAGCCAGAAGCACAAAUGGAAACUUCAUUAAGUGAAUUUUUCAACGUUGAGGUUGUUGCGCUUUCUAGUUAUGAAGGAAAGGAAGAGCUGUUUAAGGAGCAGGUGGCUAAUUUGAGACAACGAUUCUUCCACUCUAUUGCACCCGGGGGGAUUGCAGGAGAUCGGAGGGGAGCAGUACCGGCUUCAGGGUUCUCUUUUAGUGCACAACAUAUCUGGAAAGUCAUUAAGGAGAAUAAGGACCUUGAUCUUCCAGCCCAUAAGGUCAUGGUGGCUACGGUACGCUGUGAAGAAAUUGCCAGUGAAAAGUACACUAGUUUUACAUCAAAUGAGAAUUGGCAUUCGUUGGAAGAAGCUGUAAAAUCUGGUCCAGUUGCUGGCUUUGGGAAGAAGCUAAAUUCAAUUCUCUACACUUCUCUAUCAGAAUAUGAUGCAGAAGCCACAUAUUUUGAUGAAGGUGUGAGAUCUGCAAAGCGAAAGCACCUUGAAGAAAAACUGCUCCAACUUGUCCAACCAGCCUACCAAUCCAUGCUAGGACAUUUAAGGAUCGAAACUCUUGAAAAUUUUAAGGAAGCAUUUGAUAAGGCUUUGAAAGGAGAUGAGGGGUUCUCAGUGGCUGCUCGCAAGUGCAUUGAAACUUACAUGGCUUCAUUUGAUGCAGGAUAUGCAGAUGCUGCUGUUGAGCUAGCAAAUUGGGAUUCCUCCAAAAUCAGGGAUAAGCUACGUCGUGACAUUAAUGAUCAUGUUGCUUCUGUUCGAGCUGCCAAGCUUUCAGAGCUUACGUCUUCCUAUGAGGCAAAGCUGAAUGAGGCAUUAUCUGGACCUGUUGAAGCACUCUUAGAUGGAGCUAAUAAGGAAACCUGGCCAUUGAUAAGGAAACUUCUGCAGCGUGAAACCGAAUCAAUUCUCUCUGGACUGUCCACUGUGCUCUCUGGUUUUGACAUGGAUGAACAAACCCAGAAGAAAACUCUAACGAGUCUAGAGAAUCAUGCGAGAGGUGUGGUUGAAGGGAAAGCAAAAGAAGAAGCAGGAAGGGUAUUAAUCCGUAUGAAGGACAGGUUUUCAACAUUAUUUAAUCACGAUUCUGAUUCAAUGCCACGGGUUUGGACCGGGAAAGAAGAUGUUCGAUCCAUCAGUAAAACAGCUCACUCUGCAGCCUUAAAGUUGCUAUCUGUUAUGGCUGCAAUCCGGUUGGAUGAUAAUGUCGAUAACAUUGAGAAUACACUUUGUUCUGCCUUGUUGGAUACCAAAGGCAUUGCUUCUGUGGCUAAAUGGGGCAGUACAACAUCUGAUCCAUUGGCCUCAAGUACUUGGGAUAAGGUUCCACCCAACAAGAUAUUGAUCACACCUGUCCAGUGCAAGAUUUUAUGGCGGCAAUACCGGGCAGAGACAGAGUACUGUGUCACUCAGGCCAUUUCUGCUCAGGAAGCCAACAAGCGUAGCAACAACUGGUUACCACCUCCAUGGGCAAUUGUUGCUUUGAUCAUCUUGGGAUUUAAUGAAUUUUUGACUCUUCUAAGAAACCCUUUGUAUGUGGGUAUCAUCUUUAUUGGUUACCUUAUGCUGAAAGCUCUCUGGGUGCAGCUCGACAUUUCUGGUGAAUUCAGCCAUGGUGUUUUGCCUGGGAUAAUUUCCCUAUCAACCAAGUUCAUUCCCACGAUUAUGAGCCUUCUGAAAAAAUUAGCAGAGGAAGGGCAAGCAGCAGCAAAUAACAACCCUCAAUCAACCAAUGCUUCAGCAUCUAAGAGCUUGCCAAACACUACUUCUCCAUCACUCACUGCUUCCUCUACAGUAACUUCAUCAGCAAACGGUACCAAAGAAGAAUAAUCACCAACUUAUUUCAUAUAUAUAUAUAUAUAUAUACUAUGUUAUUCCGACUUGAAUAUGUUGGAUACGGUCGACAUGAGUACAUUCAAUUUCUAUUUUUCAAGAUUUUCAUGUUUUGGAAAAUCUUCGAAUUAUAUUCUCAUACUUAUGUUCGGAUGUGCAUCGUGCACACAAGUAUUUAAGAAAAAAAUGAAAAGUCAAGAAUAACAUAAUGUAUAUGUAUAGAUAUGGUCUAUAAUGCAUGUGAGGGUUAAAUGGAGGCAC